UCUCCAAAAGCUCUGAGUUUAAAAGAUUAAACAAUAAACUUCUGCUUAAGGAGACUCCUUUCUUAUAGAAAAUCCUACAGUUCUAUUUUCAUAGAGUUUAUACACCCUUCCCCAGGUAUCAUGUUUUUGUUUUUUUCAUUGCAUUGAGGUCUAAACAUGUGAUUUUAAAUUCCUGACAUCUUAAAUAUAUUCUUGGUAACAGAUUAUCACAACUCUAGGGAAAAAACAAAGCAACUUGCAAACUGAGUGAUACUUUGUUUAUAUUUUGGCUAUAGGUUUGCUUUAAGAAAUAGCACGCUGUCAGAAUGGAAGACUUUAUCUGCCUUCUUUGUGACGGGGUUCAGAGCUAAGAUGGCCGACUAAAUAAACAUGGGGGACUGGAAUUUCCUUGGAGGCAUUCUGGAGGAAGUUCACACCCACUCUACCAUGAUUGGAAAGAUCUGGCUCACCAUCUUGUUCAUAUUUCGAAUGCUUGUUUUGGAUGUAGCAGCUGAAAAUGUCUGGAAUGAUGAGCAGUCUGGCUUCAUCUGUAAUACAGAACAACCUGGCUGCAGAAAUGUAUGCUAUGACCAGGCCUUUCCUAUCUCCCUCAUUAGAUACUGGGUUCUACAGGUGAUAUUUGUGUCUUCACCAUCUCUGGUCUACAUGGGCCAUGCUUUGUACCAACUGAGAGUUCUGGAGAAAGAGAGGCAGAGGGAGAAAGCUCAACUGAGAGGAGAACUGAAGGGGCUAGAGUUUGAAGUGUCUGGGGAUCGGAGGAAAUUGGAGAAAGAACUUUAUCAGCUGGAGAGAAGAACACUAAAUAAAGCUCCACUCAGAGGAACCUUGCUUUGCACUUAUGUGAUACACAUUUUUGCUCGCUCUGUAGUUGAAGUUGGGUUCAUGACUGGACAGUAUCUUUUAUAUGGAUUUCAUUUAGAGCCUCUAUUUAAAUGCCAUGGCCACCCAUGUCCAAAUAUAAUUGAUUGUUUUGUCUCAAGACCAACAGAAAAGACAAUAUUUCUAUUAUUUAUGCAAUCCAUAGCCACUGUUUCACUUUUUUUAAAUGUUCUAGAAAUUUUCCACUUAGGCUUUAAAAAGGUUAAAAGAGGGCUUUGGGGACGAUAUAAAUUGAAGGAUGAGCAUAAUGAAUUCUACAAGUCAAAACAAAAUCUUGCCAAAUAUCAGAGCACAUCUGCAAAUUCACUGAAGCAACUCUCUUCUGCACCUGAUUAUAAUCUGUUAGUGGAAAAGCAAACACACACAGCAGUGUAUCCCAGUUUAAAUUUAUCUGCAUUUCAGGCAGAUCCUGACAAUCACAAAGGAAAUGAUGAAAAAUGUAUUUUGGAUGAACUGGAAACUGUACUUUCCAAUGAGAAGUGCACACUUAGUACUACUUGUAGUCAUAGUCAAUCCAUCGGCUCAAGUACUAAUGAAGAUGCUCAUAAAAUAUUUAGAAAAGAAGUUAAUGGUAACCCCUUAAGAGAAAAGAAAAUUGAUGGCAAAGACAGCAAAAGGAACCAGAAUGCUAGAGGUAAUUGUUCUAUUCCAGGUGUUGCUAGAGAUCUGGACAACCACAUGGGGCUGACAUCCCAAAGAGCUUUCUCUUUGCCAGCUAACUGCAUGGAAACCCCGAGGUGGCUUUGUGCUACACUGAGUCCCUCUAUAGAAGAUGAGAACUGGGAGUCACCUCCUAAAGGUAACCUCAAGGGCCAGUUCAGAGAUGGCACAAUCAGAACCCUUUCUCCUUUACAAGGGGACUUCCAACCACUUAAUAUUCCAGACACUCCUAAUUCUUUACGAGAGUUGUCCUUUGGAUCGGAGUUUGUCAGAACCUGCAAUAAUCCUACCACUUGUCCUCCAAAUCAUUUAAUGUUGCUGACAAACAACCUCAUUAGUAGGCGGGCUCCCACAGACCUUCAGAUCUGAACAGCUGUUGGCUUUUAGACAUUCUGCAUAUUAUCCUAUCAUAGAAGUAGCCUAGUGGUGGCGAAGCACAGACAGAACAGGUAAGGGCAGCUCUAAAGCCCAGCUGUUAAGACAGACAGCUGCAAACUUAUUUCGUACAGAGCGAACAGCUUAAAUUCUGAAUUGUGAAGGUGUAGUUUUAAAAUCAAAGACAUAGUAUUACCAAAAAAGACAUAGUAUUACCAAUAUAGAGCAAACAACUCAAAUUCUGAAUUGUGAAGGUGUAGUUUUAAAAUCAAAGACAUAGUAUUACCAAAUCAGGGUUACUUUUUCACGGGCUCCCUUCAGGAUUUGUGAAAACUGAUGUUAGAAAAAUCAUAUGUUCAGAAUUGAGGCUAAAUGGAUUGGAACGAGGUUUUUUUCUCGAAGCCUUGGAGAUUGUUCUUAAUGUAUAUAAUUCCUCUUUUUAGUUACUGAUCUUUUAUUUCUGGACAUUGGUUAAAUUUUCUUUGCUCCUGGGAUUUAAUUUAGUCCUUAUAGGCUGCAAUCUGAUGUGUCUUGUGCAUAAUCAUGUUGUUAUCUAGCAAAUAAAAUCUUAAAAAGACCUGUGGCUUUCUUUGACCAGUUUAUAGCAUUGUGAUUCGGUGCCCAAAUUGAAGUCUUGGUUCUACUACGAACUGGUCAUCUCACCGCACCACUUUACUAACAGUUCCUACAUCACAAGUAGAGAGUCAAGAUUAAAUUAAGAAACACAUGUUUUAAUAUCGAGCCUGGCCCACAACAAGCGCUCUAAAGUGCUAGUUAUUAGCACGUUACUGCUCAUUCUCUAAAGGCCCACGUCAAAUUGGCCACAAAACAAGGAAACUCCAAACAUAAAUGCUAGAACCGAAAGAUACGAUUCUAAACACAUUCCUCAAACCAUUGGAAAUCCAAGGGUCGCCCUGCGUCAGUCGUGAACACUCCUGCAGAAUGAGAGGCAAGAAGUCAGCGGGUAGGUUACCAAAGCUUCCGAAGUCCCAGUUGAGAAAGGUACCCCCACAACGGGUGUCGAGAGUUCUUUCGCCUCGGCAAUAGCCCUAGUGCUCCCGGGCUCCGCAUGCCCCGCCUCCGGGGACCACGCCCAUCUUUGGCCCCACCUGGACAUUUGUCUCAAGUUACCGAAACCGUGCCGCUCGCUAAGCAACCGAAUCGCGGCAGGGACCG